CCGGGAUGUCUUGGACGCCGAGACGGCCUGUACCCAGAUGAGCUGGGACGUUGCGAUUUGUACUUUCUUUGUCAGGGACAAUUAUUUAGAGGUUUUCACAGCUGUAAAAACGGGCUGAAGUUUAAUCCCGCAACAUCUAGUUGUGACGGUACGGGAAUGUGCGAGAGCAAAGCUGACGGAAACUAUCUGGACGUGUACGGAAGGUGCAACCACUACUUCACUUGUAGAAAUCAGUCAAUGGCGGGACUUCACGUCUGUUCAGCUGGG